AUGGCGGCGGCGGCGGCGGGCUGGCAGGCGCCGUGGCGGGCGCUGGGCGCGCUGGGCCGGGAGCUGGCGGCCGAGUGGGCGGCUCAGGACGUGCGGGCCGCGCUGUGCCAGCUGCUGCUGCUCUGGCUGGGCCUCAGCCUGCUGGGCGUCCGCCUGGCCUGGCGCGCCUACGGCGGGGCGGUGGCCGCGCUCUGCUACCGGACGGGGCCCGCCGCCCGCCGGUCCCCCGGCACCGGCACCGGCCUGGGCCCCGGCACCGCCUCCGGCCUCGGGCCCGGCCCCGCGCCCGCCCGGCCCCGCGCACACUCCCUCUCCCCCGCCGGCCCGGCCGGACGCAACGGCGCCGCCGAGCGGCACUGCCCGCCCCGGGAAGGCCCGGCAGCGGAGCCAGCGAAGACACACCGGGAGUGAGGAGCGCCGGGACCGCUGGGCACUGCCCGCACCAUUAAAGCCCUGUGCCCCA